AUGCCGGUUCAGAUCGCUAAAGCCGUAACCUUGCUGUGGUACUUCGGGGAAGUCAUGUGCAAGACUGUUAAUUUCCUUCAAGAUUUCUUAGUUAAAAGCCAAUCUACAACGACAGAAAAUGUUGACGUUGAAUUUAAUUGCACUGACUGCAACCAAUCUACAACCACAGAAAAUGUUAACAUCGAAUCUAAUGACUGCAACCAAGCUUCAACGACAAAAAAUUUUCCAUCCGUAUCUGAUGAACCAUCAAUCACCAAAGAACUAACUAAAAAAAGGCAAUACGAAGAAAAUUGGGCAAAAGUUACGAAUAAAAAACAGGAAAAUUCAGGCUAA